AUGUACCUUUUCUCUAUUCUCUUUCUACUUCAGUUUCAAAUAGUUCCAUUACUUAAUGGUGCUCGAGUGAAACGAAGUAGUUGUGGAACAUUACAUGGCUGCUGGUCUGUACCUAAUGGUUGUAAUAGUAAUAAUGAAUGCACUGCAAAUUUACGUUGGUCCGUAAGUGGUCGUGGAACAUUUCUUCGUUUACGUCUAGAAGCGCUCCUACGUGAUUUGCCAUCUUAUGCAAUGUACAUAGCAUUGGGAUUUUCAAAUGAUGAACAUAUGGGUGAUGACACAGUGUUAGAAUGUAUUUACAAUGGCAUUGAUGAAGGAAGGGCGUAUUUGUCCUACAAUGAUGGUACUUAUAAUACUCAAUUAUAUGAGGCUACAGCUAUUCUUAUUGUAAAUUCCAGUUUCAUUGUAAAUGAUAAUACUUUCACUUGUUUGCUUGAUGUUGAUUUCAAACAACUUUAUCGAUUAUCUAAUAAUGAUAAAUCAAAAGUACACAAUUUAUUAGCAAAGCCAUAUUACUUGCAAUUUGUUCGUGGAUUAAUUGAACAGCAUACAUAUAUAAAGAAGAUGCAUUCAUUAUCGGAUGGUUCACUAUAUCCAUGGAUAACAACAACAAUGAUUAAUAUGUUACGAAAUAAAAAUGGAAAAUAUGAAUACGUGAAAAAUGCUCGGCAAGUCAAAUGGUUUUCACGUAAUACCACGUAUGCGAUGGUAACUUUACACGUAAUCUUAAUGAUUUGGAGUUGGUGGUUUCUCUUAUCAAAUGCAAUAUUAUUAUCACGACAUUUUAAAACAUUUUGGCCUAACAUACAAAUUGAUCAUAUACCUAUUUGGUUUCAACUUCAUCGUGGUGGUGCACUAAUAUCAAUUAUGCUACAAACGGUAGCUAUUUUACUCAUUUUUAUUCAAUCAAGAUUUCAAUUUUAUUUGUGGUGUACACGGCAAUGCACCAUAGAGCAUUUUAUGAAGCCAAUACAUACUUGGUCAGGCUUAAUUGCAUAUAUACUUGCUGUAAUACAAAUUAUAAUAGCACUCUACCAAUUCAAGCAAAAAUUCAUCAAACGAUUUUAUUUCAAAUGGUUUCAUCGUACUUUGGCACUUGUUGCAUUCAUCGCUGCAUCUUUAGGAAUACUUUCUGCGACAUCGCAUAAUAAAACGGGCCUUAUCCGAUAUUAUGGAAGAUGGCCAGUUCUUCUUGCUGGCUUAUAUUUGUGUACAUUUUCCGCGGCGUUAUUUGCUUUUAGCUUUUUGGAUGCUUAUAGUGCUAAAAAAUUAGCCCAAAAAAGUGAAAAUAUCGAGAAUGACCAAGCAAAAAAUGCACGAAUAUCAACAAAAGUUGAAACUAUUGAAAUAGCAGAUGAAGAAAUCGAACAUAAAUUUUGUUGGAUCAAGAUAAUUCGUCUAUCAGUGCUUAUUCUGCAUGUAAUCAUAUCAUUCGCUGUUUGCUUUAUCAUUACAGCUAUGGUUCUUAUCAAUUAUGCCAGGAAACAUUGA